GAGGAGGAGGAGAGGGCGCCUGGCGGGGAAGGGCCGGGCUCGGCGGGCGCAGACCGGGAGGGGAGGACUGGGACCGGUGUGCUCUGGCCCCGGGCGGGAAGGUGAGGCCGGUCCCGACGUCCCGGGAUCGGGACGGAGCGCUCCUGACCCGGUUUCCUCUCGCCAUCCCAGCAGCGAGCAGCCCCGGAGAACGCGCGGUAGCGAGCUCGGUGCUGCUUGGCCCCGGGCCUUGUCUCUUCCCGCCGGCGCGGUCGGGCGGAGGAGCGGGAAUGGAGUCCCCGUAUCCCACGAGCUUCUGCUUCCCCGCGGCUUCCCCGCCGGCACCGGGCAAAAGCCCGAGGCCGAGCGGCACCAGCAUCUCGCUGUGGACGGUGGUGGCGGCCGUGCAGGCGGUGGAGCGGAGCGUGGACGCCCACGCCGAGCGGCUGCUCAACCUGGAGCGCCGGACGGCGACCACCGAGAAGAAGUACUUCGACUGCGAGAAAACGGUGGUGGAUUUCGGGAACCAGCUGGAGAGCAAACUGGCCGUGCUGGGCACCCUCAUCCAGGAGUACGGGCAGCUGCAAAAGCGGCUGGAGAACAUGGAGAAUCUGCUGAAGAACAAGAAUUUCUGGAUCCUGCAGCUGCCCCCCGGGGACGAGGUCCCCAAGGCCCCGGUAGCGUUCGAAAGCAGCGCCGCUUACUUUUCUGCUCAGGAGUGGGAGAACCUGGAGGAAUGGCAGAGGGAGCUGUACAAAAACGUGCUCAGAGGGAAGAACGAAUCUCUGAUCUCUCUGGAUUAUGUGAUCUCCAAACCUGACUUCCUGUCCCAGCUUCAGAGAGGAGAAGCGCCCUGCAAUGGGGACAAGGCAGCUUCAAGAGAGAUUCCAACAGAAUCAAGUGCAGCAGAGCCUCUGCUGUUUAGACUUGAUGCGAGCAGCCAGGACAGCAGAGAAGGAGCGCAGGAAGUCCUGGAGGGAAGCACAAUGCUGGCUGAACCUGGACCUGCAGACUACAGCAUUCCGGACCCCAGCUUUGCAGGCGUUGUGAAGCAAGAGGAAGAGCCAUGCGUGGAGGAGGAGGGAGCCACGGAGGGUGCAGAGUUUACCGAGCUCAGUGUGGUUCCAGCAGAUGAGGUGAUAACCUUCAAAAUAGAGCAGCUGGACUCUGAAGAACGCCCCCAAAGCUCAGCGUCCCCUGCAACUUUAUCCAGCGAGUCGAAGGAGCUGCUUUUCCAGGGUCCCAGCAAGGUGCUGCCCUUUGGUAGUCAGUACAGCUCUCCUGUGCAGCAGGGAAACCAGAGCAUGAGCAGUCUGGUGCCAUCCACUCCGGCGGAAGAGGGUCUUGGUGAAAGCAGCGCUGUCACCUCCUAUGGGCAAAACUGUCCCAACAAGAGACCUCACUCAUGUACUGCAUGUGGGAAGGGCUUCUGUCUGAAGAAGAUGCUGACAACUCGCCAGGAUUGCCACAGCACACAGUGCAGCAAUGAGCACGCUGGAGAUGAGGAGGGCUUCCUCCCUGAGCAGCACCAGCAGAUCCACGUGGAAGACGGCACCCACGUGGAAGACGGGACCCACGUGGAAGAUGGGACCCACGUGGUCACAGAGAGAUGCAAGCAGAACCAAAAUGCAAAAGCCCAUGCCAGCAUCCCAGCCACAGACAAAGUGCACGACAAUCCCAGGUACACAAAAAGCAUCAACGACAACGGCAGCUGCAAACCAGCUCAGAGCAGCCACCCGCGGGGGAGGCCUUACAAGUGCAACAAGUGUCAGGAGUGUUUCUCCCAAAAGAAAAUCCUCAUCAUCCACCGGCGUACACACUUGAGCGGGAGCAGAGGGGUCCUUUGGUGCUCAUACUGUGGGAAGACCUUCAGCCACCCCUCCAAUCUGAUCCGGCAUCAGAGGAUCCACACGGGGGAGAGGCCAUACCAAUGUAACGAGUGCCUAAAGCGCUUCACCCAGAAGCAGCACCUCCUCCAGCAUGAGAAGAUCCACCUGCGUGAGAAGAGCUGCGUGGUCACGCAGAGUGCAAGGAAGGCACCGCUACACAGCUUCUAGGCUGCGCAGGCUCACGCAGCCCUACAGCCCCUGGCGGUGUUAGGAGAGGAGAAAAGAGAGUCUCUGCUGCUCAGUGUUAAAGGGUCUCUGACAAUUUACCCCAAAGAUCUAAGCAAAGUAGAAUUAGGAUUCACCUUGGCACCAGUGCCCUUUUAGUCGUGGUGGUGAUGGUAUGCCACAGUACCUCAUAGUAUGCCCCAAAAUCUCUCCAGAAUAAAAGUGUUUUGGGCCUCUCCGAGUUUGAGUCAGUUGUUUGAACUGGUUCCAGCAAGGUUGAGUUUUUUGAAGCUUUUCUUCACCUGGAGUUUCCCUGGCUGCUCCCUUUGACAAAAUUCUGCUGUUCUCAAUUUCACGGGCAAGUUUGAGUUGCACGUUCACAAAAGACUGCUGGCAACGGAAUACGUGCACAGGGUGAGGCCUCGCUGACAGCUUGCAUGGAUGUCCCCUUUGCCAAGGAGGGGCAGCCAGUCAGUUCCCAGCUCUCCCCAUGCCUUGGCACAGGCCAAAUGACAUUUUCAUUGCUGCUUCUGCUCAGGAAGCUAGCUGGAAUAGGUAGGUUCAGUUCCUUCUCUAGAGCUUGAAAUCGGAUUUAGUUUGCUGUAAAUGACGAUGAUAGGGCCAAGUUCUGCUUGGAGUUCUUCUGAUGUGCACUGGGACACACUCCACUGGAGACUCUGGGUUUGCACUGCAGUAACUGAGGGGAAUUUGCUCCAUUGUCUGUCACCUCUGAGCACACCCAAAGGAGGUGGCAUCACCCGAACCCCUUCUCAUACCUCUAUGAUACUCCCAGUGGAACUGAGUGGGGAAACCACUUGUAAGCCAGAGGUGGGGCACACCUGUACUCCCAGGCUGAAGUGAGCAUUCAGAAAACUUUCUGCUGACUGCCUGUACAUUAACACUUCUUUUCUUUGUAUUUCAUCAUUGCCUUCCAUCUCCCUCUCCUCCUGGUAGCUUGGGGUACAGAUAGUUUUUGUUCUUGGGGAUCAGCUUUCAUCAUAUCCCAAACCAUUACGAAAAAAUUCUCAGCAUCUGAAAUGUGUUUAGCAAAUUGCCCAAAUACAUAGUGCAACUUCAGGGAUGGCAUUGCUGCUUGACCUGUUUUAAACCUGCUGCUCAUUUCCUUCAUCACUGAUUGGACUUUAGAAACCCGUCUGUUGCUUCCUGGUCCCAAAGUGUCUGCCAAGGGGAGGGUGCAGGUGGCUGGCUCGUCCCCUCAGACACAGAGUUGUUCCUCUGGCUCCAGCUGGCUGCUGUGGCAGAUAUUUUAGUCUGGAAACUCCUCUAGCCAAGGAGUGAGGUCUCUUUCCAGUUUCAUUGUUGCCUGCCCUGCCAGCAGAGCAUAAGAUGGCAGUGUUCCUGUGCCUGCUUUGGCCCAGCCAGCGAGGCCAGCUCAGGGCUCUGGGCUCUUUAAGCUAAUUUGAUUCUUGCCCUGAGCAGAUCGGGGUGAGCCUGUGUGAACCUCUCUAAACCCAUGCUGUGGGAGCUGGCACAGAGCCACACUUGCCAAAGCAUCUUCAACUACUGCAGGUGUUUGCCUGGUGAUCGACUGUCUGCCACCUUUUCUUGUCCUAGUGUCUGAUUUCAUGGCUCCUGACAUGUCUGAGUAGGUCUGUGUGUGGUGAUCCUCCCUCUGUGCACAUAACCUUUUUUUUUUCUUCUACAAAUAAGGAAUCUGUUUUGUCACUUCUUGGUGUUUGGUGGCCACUUGCUACCAUAAAGCAGUGAACACGGACUGUUUUUUUCUCCACUGUUUGACGUGCUGAAGGAGAGUCUCUUGGCAGUUAGCAUUAUGGGGCAUUUGAUACCCAGACAGGCAGUUUGGGUCUUGUCCAAUAAGCAGGUAAAUUAAUCAGUUCUCCAGUGGUUUCCUACUGACUCCGGUUAAACUGCUUUUUUUUUUUUUUUUUUUUUUUUUUUUUUUUGAGUACUUUUAUUACUUAGACUGUGAGCCUUCAAGGCAGGGAACUUGUUUCUAUCUGUAAAAUGACAGUUAAGUUUGCAGCAGUAGAUACUUGAUUUUUAAUAACAAUAACAUUAAACUUGAGUGGA